CGCCGCCGUACCGUAUAGAUACAGUGUUUCUCAUACUUGAAGCAGUAAUUACAGCAAGGUUGACCACCGUCGCAGCGUCCUUUUCUCUCCUUGCACUGCUGGCAUGCCUGAUGUAGGUGAACGAUCUCGUUAACUUCCAAGGUUCUCUUAUUGAGUUGAAGAAUACUUACGUUUAUAAUUCGUUUACGACAGAGCAUGGUUGUGAAGGUUCCCACUGCUUUGCACUUGUGAAAUGAUUGAGAAGAUCGGGCUGAGAGCACAUGAUCUUGUGGUUUGGUAAGUUUGGGCUUACAAAGCAUAAGCACGUGAUCGGGGUCGUCUCUCGAUCACGUUUUGGAGCGCAUCUCACUAGAACAUUAGUCCGUCUCAGGGUAGAUACACUCGGGGCCUUCUUUGUUCCCACAACACUCCUAAGUCACUUCGGCCUCAAGACGCAUGUGAGAUCACGUCUGAGGAGGCUGUCGACAUGUGACAUUGCCUACGGAUACAAAUUGCAUCCGAAGACUACCGCGCACAGACGUAUUAGUAAGGCCGGAUGUAUUUUCCUUCGUAUACAGAAGACGGAUGCAUUUUUUGCUAAGAGCAACGACUACUUACAAUUUGCUUACAAAGGCCGUGAGUACCUAGGUAUGCUUGGUCAUUCAGGAUGUAAUGAGGUUCCGAAGCCGCCUGCCAAGUGUGUUUAUGAUCUUGCGCAGUAUAAAAAGAGUCGCCGGGUGCUAUACUGAGCCACAUCAAAGAGCACAUCAGUACUGAUCGAUUAUACCACGCACCAUCUUCCAACAACAACUAGCCAACCGUAGAGAUGUCUGUCAUUGCUGUCGCAGGAGGAACCGGAAAGCUCGGCCGUACUAUAGUCGAAGCCAUCCUUGAACAGGGAAAGCAUCAUGUCGUCGUCCUCGCUCGA